AUGGACAUAGAGACGGAAGAGGGGCUCGAUCUGAGCCUGUCGCUGCGCCAGUACUCGCCGCCGAGGUCUCAGCCGGUGUUCGCGUGCGGCUACUGCCCCGCCAAGUUCAGGAGCCCGCAGGCGCUCGGCGGCCACCAGAACGCGCACAAGCUGGAGCGCCACCUGUCCAGGCGGGCCAUGGGGCUCUCGUCAGUGGCGGCGGGAUUGCUUGGUAAGGCCGCCGGUGAUGACCACCGCGCUCCGCUGCGCCCGGGCGCCCACGCGUGCGGAGCCCUCGCGUGGGGAGCAGGAGGGAGGAUCCACCCUCGUCGACAUCGCCAGCAGGGCACGGGUACUGGUGCGGGAGCAGCCUCGUCCGGGACAAGAAGAGGCAGCGAAGAGCUUGCGGACGAGGCGAUUGACCUGCGCUGA